AGGCCCGCCACGCUCCCUCCCACCACCACGACCACCCGCCCACCCAUGUCAGGAGCCAUCGUUUCUCCCAACUCCGCGGGGGCUUCUUAUCGCUCACUGCUAUCUGUACACGGCACCUGGCUACUAAAAGUAUUCCAUCUUGGCCGGCCCGCGCGCGCCUCCACGCGUCCCGCGUCGACGCCACACGCCCAGGAUGGCGACGGCGCGCCACCGCGGCAUGCCGCGGCGCGAAUGCAACCUGCUGAUCAGGACCCUCGCGAGGCGCGGCAGCUACGCCCGUGUCAUGGCGGUCUACUACGACCUCCGCGGGCGCGGCCUCGUGGCGGACAGCUUCACCUACCCGUUCGUGUUCAGGGCCAUCGGUGCCCUCAAGCUACCGGUCGAGGGACGCAAGGCGCACGCGGCGGCCCUGAAGACCGGUUUCCGGUGGGAUGCCUACACCGCGAGCUCGCUCAUGGACAUGUACACGACGGUGGACCGCCCGGAAGUCGCGCGGAAGGUGUUCGAUGAAAUGCCGCAGAGGGCGCUGGUCGUGUGGAAUAUGAUGAUCAGGUGCUAUGUCAGGCGCGGCCGAAACACAGAAGCGGUUGCUUUGGCUGAGGAGAUGGAAAGGGGCGGUCUAACGCCCGAUAGGGUCACGCUGUUGACCGCACUCACCGCGUGCUCCAGAGCCGGUGAUCUGAGCUUAGGAAGGAGAAUUCAUGCCUACAUGGAUGGAGUCACUGGGUUCAGCCUCCCAGUUGCAAAUGCACUGCUGGACAUGUACAUGAAGAAUGGCUGCUUGGAAGAGGCGGUGAAGCUGUUCGAGAAAAUGCCGUCGAGGAACAUCAUUUCUUGGACUAUACUUGUGUCUGGAUAUGCCUUUGCCGGACAGGUGGACAAGGCGAGAUUACUCUUCCACCAGUGCACAGAGAAGGAUCUAAUUAUGUGGACUGCUAUGAUCAACGCGUAUGCACAACAUGGAUGCUUCGUGGAGGCAUUGUCGUUGUUUCGAGACAUGCUAAUGCAUCAAGUUGAGCCAGACAGGUUCACUGUUGUCACUCUCCUGACAUGCUGUGCCAAUCUUGGCGCGCUCGAUCAAGGUGAAUGGAUCCACCAGCUUGCUGAAGGUAAGAAGAUGAAGCUUGAUGCAGUUCUUGGCACGGCAUUGAUCGACAUGUAUGCCAAGUGUGGGCAUGUAGAGAAGUCGGUGGAGGUCUUUGAACGAAUGCAAGGCAGAGACACUACGGCUUGGACUGCCAUUAUCUGCGGCCUGGCCACAAAUGGUCAGGCAGGUAGAGCCCUCGAAUUGUUUGAGGGUAUGGAGAAAAGCAAUGCUAAGCCUGACAGCGUUACCUUCAUUGGGGUGCUGAGUGCAUGUUGCCAUGGUGGCUUGGUUGAUGAAGGGCGGAAACAGUUUCGUGCCAUGAAGGAGGUUUAUCGGAUACGACCAAGAGUUGAACAUUAUAGUUGCCUUGUCAAUCUUUUAGGUCGUGCUGGUCAACUUGAUGAAGCUGAGAAGUUGAUCAAGGAUAUACCAAUUGACAAGGACGCUAUGCCACUGUUUGGUGCACUCCUCACUGCUUGCAAGGCUCAAGGCAAUGUCGAGAUGAGCGAAAGGCUGACCAAACGAAUAGGCAAGCAAGGCUACCAAAUUCCUGAUGUGGAUUUGCUCAUGUCUAAUGUGUAUGCAACUGCAAGUCGAUGGGAGGAUGUAUUAAGAGUAAGGAGCAAGAUGGCACACCCCAGUGUCAAGAAAAAUGCAGGGUGCAGCUUGAUCGAGGUGAAGGGAUACUGAAAAUGGCAGGUGGCACUUGCACAUCUAGUGCUUCAACAUAGGAAUGGCUAAAACAUCCAUUAGUCUGAGUAAUUUUUCCUUGUGAUCCAUUGAUCUGAGUUCAGAUCAAUUUAGCUGUGGUGAGUCAGUUCGUUAAUGUAACGCCCCAAGACCGACGCUCCAGAAGCCUUCCAGUUAUUUCA